ACCGAUACCCCCUGGGGACUGAUUUUGCUUUCGGUGAGACUGCGCCGGGCAACGCAGGCUGGAGCCUUGCCAAUUCAAAGGCUGCACUGUGCACAGGGUUCAUCAGCUGGAUUCGCCCCUUGGUCUCGCCCUCUUUCCACCUCCAUCUCUGAAGUGCCCUGUGCGGCCGGUAGCGGAGGAAGGCAGCCAAGAUGGGGAAGACCCGUGGUAUGGGAGCUGGGCGUAAGCUGAAAAACCAUCGCCGGGCGCAGCUGUGGGCCGACAAGCAGUACAAGAAGAGCAACCUUGGGAACGAGUGGAAGAAGCCCUUUGCAGGGUCUUCUCACGCCAAGGGCAUCGUGCUUGAGAAGAUUGGUAUCGAGGCCAAGCAGCCCAACUCUGCUAUCCGGAAGUGCUGCAGAGUGCAGCUCAUCAAGAACGGGAAGAAGAUUGCUGCCUUUGUGCCCAACGAUGGUUGCUUGAACUACAUCGAGGAGAAUGACGAGGUGUUGAUCUCUGGGUUCGGCAGAAAGGGGCACGCUGUGGGAGAUAUUCCCGGAGUCCGGUUCAAGGUGGUGAAGGUGGCAGGCGUGUCACUUCUGGCCCUGUUCAAGGAGAAGAAGGAGAAGCCUCGGUCAUAGGGCAUCUCAGCUUUCAUAUCCUUGGCCGACACGCAACUUUGUACACUUACUCAACGGUCACCCACUUUUACCAACAAUGUCGGGUUCUGCGCGGCUGUCACUGACACUGUUGCUGCAAGGGGGCUAGCUUGCUUCGAUUGGUAUAUUGCCUGUGCCAUGGAUGCAGCCACUGACUUUCGAUCUUAGUAAGUGAUCAGCCAUGAGUACGUUAGGCCGCCAUGGCCGUUCAUUGGCCGCAGCUCGAGCUUAGUACGAUCAGGUGCACUUGAUCAGUGCGGCCACCAUGCAUGUACAUUGAAACGGUUUGACA